GCCUACUAGUAAAAUGUCUAUGCUUGAUAUAAAAGUUACACACUUGCGUGAAUAGCCUACACAUUAUUGAUAUAAAAUUUUAAUUUUCACGUUAAAAACUGUAAUUCGUGAUAUCUUUAACUGCAUUUUCACUAGCAGAAUUUCACAAUGAUCUGUACCACUAUCAUUCAUAUCCAGCCAGCAUGUGAUUAAAUGUCCGACGGGCAUUUGCCAUAUGCCUCACCGGCACGUUGCAGUACCAAACCUUCACGCAAGGAGCCGCUGUCUCACUGCAGCUGCAGUUGAGCUGCGUUUUUCGAGAAAGACGCGAGGAGUGACCCCUGAUGCCUUGUUUACGUGGAAGGGAAUCUUGUUCGUGCUUCCGGGAUUCUGCACUCAUCAGAUCAGGUUUAAAGAGAUGGCUACGGUAUCGGCCCAGUCUCUGAGGGUCUCAGAAAUUAAAGACCCCACCGUUUUGUUUGAACGGUACAGUACCGAUGAGAUUCGCUCUAUCGAGAGGAAAGUGCGUGGAGAGAUAGAGCAAAAGAAGGAGGAACUGCGACAGAUGGUUGGUGAACGAUACCGGGAUCUGAUCGAUGCAGCUGACACGAUCGGAGAGAUGAGACAGUGCUCGGAAAGUGUCGUUCAGUCCAUUCAGGACAUGUAUCGAUACAGCCACAAACUGAAGCAGGGGAAGCACACUCCUCAGGCCAGUUGCAAAGCAGAGGGCCAGAAACCGUCCCAGGAGAAAUUCUACACAAUGGCAUCACAGAUAAAGCUACUCCUGGAAAUCCCUGAGCGGAUCUGGAGUGCCAUGGAGUCCUCGCAGUACCUGCAAGCCACACAGCUCUACCUGAUGUGCUGUCACCUUCACAGACAGUUACACUUGGAGGGCGGAGGACAUCAGUACAGCCCCAUUCUCUCUCGCUUCCCCAUCCUGGUGCGGCAGGUAGCAGCUGCUGGUCACUUCAGAUCUACAAUCUUAUUGGAGAGCAAAUCUGUGCUGCGUGGUAGGGCAGUGUCUGAUCAGGCAAUCGCCGAAGCGCUGGUCUCAACCAUGCUCCUGGAGGACAGCUCUCCUCGCCAGGCACUCGCUGAUUUUCUGCUGGCUAGAAAAGUGUCCAUUCAGCAACUGCUCAAUCAGCCUCAGCAUGGUGCUGGUGUUAAAGCCCAGGUUUGUUCAUUGGUGGAGCUGCUGGUGACCACCCUGUACCAGGCUUACGCUGUGUUUUAUGUGCCUCCGGAGGGCCAAGUGUCCGAUACCAGUUUGGGCUGUGGCCUACUUUUCACCACCUUGGAGGAUGUGACCUCUAACACAUCCACUGGGAAAGACAAGAAGGUUCUGGACAAGGAGAUGAGCAUAGGCAGCUGGUUUAAACACCUUCCUCCUGCAGUGUUGAGCUUCCAGCCUGCUCUUCGGACACUAGCACAACACAUACAGAGGGAGCAGCUCAGAGACACACUGCAGCAGUGGAUUGAUACCUGCAAGGAGGAUAUCCGCAGUGGAGUUAGCAGUCUGCUGGUCUAUGUGAAGAGUCUGAAGGGUCUAGCGGCAAUCAGAGAUGCUGUGUGGGAGCUGCUCAGCAGUGAAUCCAUCAGCCAGCACUGGAGUACAGUGUGCCAGUGCCUGCUUGAGCGACCUCUGGCCUUGUGGGAUGACCUUUUACAGCAGCUCUUUCUCCAGCGACUUCAGGCUGUCACACAGGAGGGCACAGAAGGGAUCUCCAGCAGCUCCAGACAGCUCUUGUCUCUGGCACUGCGGGAUCUACAGGGCCAGACCUCAACUGGGAGUUUCAGCCGAGGGGCGCAGUACGAGAGCGACGUUGCUGCUUUCCUGUGGUCCGAGUCUCAAGGGGACCUCCUUAGUGAUACGGCUUGGGUGAGUAUAUCCCAACGAAGCCCCCAGCAGAAGAGUGCCCUGUCCAUGAAGACCCAGGCCCUCACCCCAUGUGUCCAAACAUUCUGCUCCAGCCUGGACUCCAAGCUCAGAGCCAAACUAGAUGAUCUGCAGCACUACUUGCCCUCAGAGGAAAGCAAGGAGACAUCAGACACUGUCCCAGUCGCAACUAUAUCCACUAUUAACCGCUUUAUGGAUGCAGAAGCAGUGGAGGACGUUCUUAGAGACCACUGCCUGACAUGUGUGAGGGGCAUCCUUGGCAGUGUGCGCACUGAGCUUGCUAAUGCCCAGGAUAAGUCCAAGAUCCCUAGCCAGUUAAGUGCAGUACUCUUUAUGGCCAGACUGUGCCAGUCAAUCGGGGAGUUGUGCCCCAGUCUGAAACAAUGCAUCCUGGGUAAGCAGGGGUGUGUGGAUCCUUUGAGCAGAGGCACACCUCGACAGGGCAAAAAGUUGGGCAAAGGCAGUGCAGCAAAGACAGCAGAGGUCAGCCCAGCACAAGCGAAGUGGAGCAGUCUGAAAGAUGAACUUCUAUCUUGCAGCAUGGAGGCCUAUGGUAUAUGGAGCUUGGCACUCACCAAGGAACUUGUGGGCAGCUUUGCUACAACUCUACAUGCAGGAACUGCUGGCUCCAUCCUGGGUACAGCAACAAAUUGGGAGGAGCUUGAGAUACAGGAAGAGACCGAGUCAGGAAAUAAUAUAAUGUCCAAAAUACGCCUCCCUGUGCAGCCCUCGUGGUAUAUUCAAUCCUUACUCUUUCAUCUGUGCCUUGAAGUCAAUAGGGUCGGUGGUCAUGCAUUACCAAAGGUCACUCUGUUGGAUGUCUUGCGAGGAUGUCUAGACCAGGUGGUGAGUGAGUACGAAAAACUCUCUCGGGACCCACAGAGCAAGGACGCAGCCCUCCCCAUGACCCAAAACAGAGCUUUGCAGCUACUGUUUGACCUCAGGUAUUUAAAUGCCACUUUAGGGGCCCGCCUUGAAGAGGGCAGGAGCUCCCGGUCACAGCAAGACCCAAGGAUCCAGCAGGUCUAUGACUCCCUGGAAGGUUACAUUGAUCCAUUUGACUUGGAUGUUUUUACUCCACAUCUCAACAGCAACCUGAACAGACUCUCACAAAGGACCUCUGUGCUUUUAGGAUUGUUGACUGGCACAGAGAAGCAGUUUACCUCUAGGACCAACAAUAUCAACUCUCAGGAACCAUACAACAUCCUUCCUUUAGCUAGCAGCCAGAUCCGGUUUGGCUUGCUGCCUUUGAGUAUGACAAACUCUCGGAAAGCCAAAUCAGCCACACAUGGAACAGAUAUAACUAGACCUAUGGUGGCUCCCUCUUCUGCUUCUGCUCCAGAGGACAGCUUCCACCCAGGAAAUCUUUUCAGGCAGUUAGCCGAUCAAGAAGAGGAAUCAGCAGCCCCUCUCUCUUUAAAUUAGGCUGGCUUUCUGGCAUGGCCAAAUAACCUUUUAUUUUAAUAUUGAUAAUUUUUUUAAAUGUACAUACAAUAGUCUGUAAAAUAAUAUAUAAAUGUAAUAAA